AGAGACGAGACGAGAAUGCCGAAGAACAAUAGCGGCCUGACCACAAAAUCGAAGCCGAGACCGAAAUCAACUGCUCGGAAGCCGCUGCGAGAUGUCUCUAACGCUGUUAAAACCUUCUCUACUUCAAUUGCGACGAAACUCCCCGUCAAAUACCAGGAAGAUGAAGAAGGGAAUCAACUCCGACAAGUCGGAGACCAUGACGGGGCCCUUGACCGACUCCUUCUCAUCCAUUCCGACAUCUCAUCCAUCAUUCAUCAGAUUGAUGGACUUGUAGCCCAAGCACAGAAAUUUCCAAGCAAGCAAAGGAUGAAGGAAAUUGAAUUGUUUGCCAACGUUUUGUCUGAAAUGCAAACUUCUUUGCAGCCAUGGAUUCCUAGAUUCCAAGAAGUACUCUCCACAGAGCCUGUUAAUCAGUUGGAAGAGCCUUCCACCAGUAGGAAUGUUACCUAUGUCAAGAAGGAUACGAGCCAUGUUGUUGAGAGCCCUCGACCAACCAAGUUGGAUUCACUAGUCUCCCCAUCCCCCCUAGUCUCCUGGCGUGCUGGCUGCACUACGGAGGGCGGAAGACAACUAUUUUUACUCACCCCUCUGCCAAGACCAAAAGCAUUUUCAGUGAAAUAUCAGGAAGAACCCAAAUCAGUCUUGGAAAAGACUACGUCAAGCACAAUGGUACAAGCCCCAGUUAUUUUUGAUGCAGUUGGAGAGAAAAAUGAUGAUUUGCUUGAGGGUAUUGCGGUAAAGCAAACUCCAAGGAAAGUUUCUGAUGAUAUUCUCAAACGAAGAUGUUCUUCUCCUGAAAAUUUGUUGGGAAGGGAAGGGUCCAUGCUUCUCAUGACCCCUUAUUUGAAAUUAUCCCCUCCCAAGUCCUGUGUGUUACUUGAACCUGUUCCUGAGUUUCGGCAAAAUGUUACUCGUGGAGUCUAUCAAUCAACGCCCUACCCAACCAGAGUUAAGAUUUCUGAGGGAUCUCAAGAUUCUGAAUCAUCUUUGUGUCAAAGUUCAGAAAAAAUGUCUUUUCAGUAUACUGAACACCCAGGAAUAAAACUUAGUAACAACUAUGGCAGCAGAAGUAAGGUGGUUGAAGAAUCACCUUAUAGGAUGAUAUCGCCUCCUAAAACAUGUGUCUUAAUGGAGCCACCAGAUGACAAGUUGUCGCUACCUGAUGAAGCAGGUUCUGUCCUUGAUCACGGAGCAAACCUAUUGUCAGUGACUGAAGUUGAUCUUCAAGGUGGUCAUUCAUUGGCCCAUGAAACUUGCAAGCAAGGACUCUAUAGGAGCUUCAAAAUUGUUGAAAGUACUCCUAUCCAAAUUGGAAAGCACCCCGGAGAAAACACUUUGAAGAAAGAACUUUGGGAAAAGUUUGAAGCAGCAUCCAUUGAUGGGAUUGAUUUUGAUGUUGCUGUUGUGCAGCAGAGUGCUCAGAAAGGAUUCCUUGACAGAUUAGACGAGGUUUCUUGAAUUGAGAAAAUCGCUGCGGGAAUAGUUUUGAGACGGGAAGAAGCAUUUUCAAGGUCUGUAAAGUGUAAAAAUUCAGAUAUUCUGAUGCAGGUGUCUGUGAAGUGCCCAUAUGAAGUAUACUCCUUUUAACUGGUAUUCCCUUUGAUUUUUUUGGGGGGGAUCGCGAAAGUUGGUUGAAAGAAGGCUUUUUGACAUUUGUUCUCUCUGUUUUGUACAACAUUUGUACAUGACAAUGGGUAAAGUUUUGACCUUUGUAUCAAGCAUGUAUUCUGUUUCUUUUGGUGAGGCAUGGGAUUUAGAAUGUG